AUGAUCACUUGCCAGAAGCAGCCGCUCGUCAUUUCGGCGGGAUCCCUGGCGGUGGUCGUCGUGUCGUUGACGCUGCUGCUGCUGGCCGGCCCGGUCGCCGGCGCGUGCGGCGACGGGGAGAGGGACGCGCUGCUGACCUUCCUCGACGCGCUCUCGCCGCGGGCGGGCGAUAACAUCGCCGCCUCGUGGCGGGGCUCGUCGGACUGCUGCGCGUGGGAGGGCGUGGGCUGCGACGACGCGGGGGGUGGUGGCGCGGUCACCAGCGUGUCCCUCCCCGGCCGCGGCCUCGGCGGGACGAUCUCGCCGGCAGUGGCCAGGCUCGCCGCGCUCACGCACCUCAACCUCUCCGGCAACGGCCUCGCCGGGCCCUUCCCCGCGGAGCUGCUCGCCCUGCCCAACGCCUCCGUCGUCGACGUCAGCUACAACCGCCUCUCCGGCGCGCUCCCGGACGUGCCGGCCGCCGUCGGACGCGCUCGCCUACCGCUGCGGGUGCUGGACGUGUCGAGCAACCAUUUGUCCGGGCGGUUCCCGUCCGUGCUCUGGCAGUUUACCCCGAGCCUCGUGUCGCUCAAUGCCAGCAACAACAGCUUCGCCGGCGCGAUCCCGUCGCUCUGCGCCAUCUGCCCUGCGCUCGCCGUCCUCGACGUCUCCCUCAACGCGUUCGGAGGGCCCGUCCCGCCCGGGUUCGGGAACUGCUCGCGGCUGCGGGUCCUCAGCGCCGGCCGCAACAACCUCACCGGCGAGCUCCCCGACGACCUCUUCGACGUGACGUCGCUGGAGCAGCUGGCGUUCCCGUCCAACAGGAUACAGGGGAGGCUCGAUCGCCUGCGGAUCGCCAGGCUGAUCAAUCUCGUCAAGCUCGACCUCACCUACAAUACGCUCACCGGCGGCCUGCCGGAGUCCAUCGGCGAGCUGACGAUGCUGGAGGAGCUCCGGCUCGGGAAGAACAACCUCACCGGCACCAUCCCGCCGGUGAUCGGCAACUGGACCAGCCUCCGGUACCUGGACCUUCGGUCGAACAACUUCGUCGGGGACCUCGGGGCCGUUGACUUCUCCCGCCUCACCAAUCUCACCGUCUUGGACCUGGCCUCCAACAACCUCACCGGCACCAUGCCGCCCAGCAUCUACUCCUGCACGUCGAUGACGGCCCUGCGCGUGGCCAACAACGAGAUCACCGGGCAGGCGGCGCCGGAGAUCGGCAACAUGCGAGAGCUGCAGUUCCUCUCGUUGACCGUGAACAAUUUUACUAACAUCAGCGGCAUGUUCUGGAACCUCCAGGGAUGCAAGGACCUCGCGGCGCUGCUCGUCUCGUACAACUUCUACGGCGAGGCCCUGCCGGACGCCGGCUGGGUCGGCGACCACGUCAGCAGCGUCCGGCUGAUCGUCAUGGAGGAGUGCGGUCUGACGGGCCAGAUACCGUCGUGGCUGUCCAAGCUGCAGGGCCUCAACGUCCUGAACCUCGCCGGGAACCGCCUGACCGGUCCGAUCCCGAGCUGGCUCGGCGCCAUGAAGAGGCUCUACUACGUGGACCUGUCGGGCAACCACUUCGCCGGGGAGAUACCGCCGUCGCUGAUGGAGCUGCCGCUGCUGGCGUCGGAGAAGGCCAUGGCGGAGUUCAAUCCGGGCCCUCUGCCGCUGGUGUUCACCCUGACGCCCAACAACGGGGCGGCGGUCAGGACGGGCCGCGCGUACUACCAGAUGUCCGGCGUUUCCGCCACGCUCAACCUCAGCGAUAACAACUUCUCCGGCGCGAUCCCGCGAGAGGUCGGUCAGAUGAAGACGCUGCAGGUGCUCGACCUCAGCUACAAUAACCUCUCCGGCGGCAUCCCGCCGGAGCUCAGCGGCGUCACACAGAUUGAGAUUCUUGACCUCCGCCAGAACCGUCUGACGGGCUCGAUCCCGCCGGCGCUCACCAAGCUCCACUUCCUCUCCGACUUCAACGUCGAACACAACGAUCUCGAGGGCCCGAUCCCGACGGGCGGGCAGUUCAAUGCUUUCCCGGCGGCGAACUUCGCGGGGAACCCGAAGCUUUGCGGCCAGGCGAUCUCGGUACGCUGCGGCAAGAAAAGCGGAACGGCGACGGGCAAGUCUUCGCCGUCCAAGACCAUGGGCAAGAGUGUGCUCGUGGCCAUCGUUCUUGGAGUCUGCUUCGGUGUGGUUGCCGUCGUCGUCUUGGUCGGACUCGCCGUGAUCGCCAUCAGAAGGUUCAUAACGAACGGAUCCGUCAGCGACGGCGGGAAGUGCGCGGAGUCGGCCCUGUUCGACUACUCCAUGUCGGAUCUGCACGGCGACGAGUCCAAGGACACGAUCUUGUUCAUGUCCGAGGAGCUCGGCGGCGGCGACCCAGCGAGGAAGAGCGUCACGUUCGUGGACAUCCUGAAGGCGACCAACAACUUCAGCCCGGCUCAGAUCAUCGGAACGGGGGGCUACGGCCUGGUUUUCCUGGCGGAGCUGGAGGGCGGCGUGAGGCUGGCCGUGAAGAAGCUCAACGGCGACAUGUGCCUGGUGGAGCGGGAGUUCCGGGCGGAGGUGGAGGCGCUGUCGGUGACGCGGCACGAGAACCUGGUCCCCCUCCAGGGCUUCUGCAUCCGCGGCCGGCUCCGGCUGCUGCUGUACCCGUACAUGGCGAACGGCAGCCUCCACGACUGGCUGCACGACCGGCGGCCGGAGCAGGAGGAGCUGGACUGGCGCGCGCGGCUUCGGAUCGCGCGGGGCGCGGGGCGCGGGGUGCUGCACAUCCACGAGGUGUGCACGCCGCAGAUCGUGCACCGGGACAUCAAGUCGAGCAACAUCCUGCUGGACGAGUCCGGCGAGGCGCGGGUGGCGGACUUCGGGCUGGCGCGGCUGAUCCUGCCGGACCGGACGCACGUGACGACGGAGCUGGUGGGCACGCUGGGGUACAUCCCGCCGGAGUACGGGCAGGGGUGGGUGGCGACGCUGCGGGGCGACGUGUACAGCUUCGGCGUGGUGCUGCUGGAGCUGCUCACCGGGAGGCGGCCCGUGGAGAUGAUGGCGGCGGCGGGGCAGCCGAGGGACCUCGUCGGGUGGGUGACGCAGAUGCGGUCGGCGGGGAGGCACGCGGAGGCGCUGGACCCGCGGCUGAGGCAGGGGAGCCGGCCGGGCGACGAGGCGCAGAUGCUGUACGUGCUCGACCUCGCCUGCCUCUGCGUCGACGCCAUCCCGCUCAGCCGGCCGGCCAUCCAGGAGGUGGUCAGCUGGCUCGACAACGUCGACACCAUCGGCACGUCCUGA